UCGGUACGACGGUAGAAUUCCGUAAAACACCGCAAAUAUGUAUAACAUUAAUAUUAUAUUAGAUAGUUAUACUUAUUAUUAGAGUCCAUUGUCACGUUAUCACUCCGUCGCGGCGCCCCUCUGCGUUCCGAUUUUCGAAUAAUUUUUCCAACUAAUUUAUGGAAAAGCGAUAAUUAAUAUUGUACGAUCAUACUCCGUUAAAGGCGCAAAGUGUACGACUGUAUAGUUCAUUUGUCGUGGUUGCCUUUGUGCAGGCGCCAGGCGGUCCGAGUCCGACUUUUGUUGUUCGUAAGUCGUUAUUCUCGAUCGUCGUGCCGACAGGCGACGGAUUUUAUACACUCCUAUAGUGUAGAAUCACCAGUUCGCUUAUUAUUAUAAUAUCGUCAAUCGCUACACUACACACUUGUUAUAAUAAUAUACAAUCAGCUAUCACGCGCUAUCGUUGCAGUUGACCUCUGUCCUCUGACUAUUAUUUAUUCCGACCGUCGUCCCUCCGCGAGACUUGUUCCGUAACAACACCGCGAUGGCCGGCGUGGAUCGGAAACUGAAAUCCACGGUCACCGACCUGUCCGGCAAGAGUUGGGCCGAACUCUGCGACAGUUCGCAAUCGUCGCAGUCGCAGACCGACAUCGAUUCGCCACUAAAGCCCGGUGGCGAGGCGAGCUCGAAGAAUCGCGAUGACGAUGACGAGCUGUACGACUUGGUUUUCAAGCCGGUCAAAAAGGAGCUCGUCAAAGCCUCGACCCAGGACGACCUCAGUCUGACCUCCUUCAUGAACAAUGUACACAUGGUGACGCCGGUCAAACAGGAAUACGACGACAAGACGGUGGCGUUCGACGAAGACACCAUUUGUAGCCCGUUUGUAAAGCAAGAGUUUAUUGAUACACCAGACAUCAAACCCAAAGUGGAGGUGAUUUGUAAAGAGGAAAAUCUAAAGAAAGAUUUACAGCACGCAAAGAGAAGAUUGACUUCCGAGUCUGUGGUAACUGAUACCGUGUCACCUGAGCGAGUUAACAAAGUUAACAAAAAAUCCACUGAGCAUAAAAAUAUACACGACACUGUAGAAAGCCCCAAAGUAAAAUUGGGGCGUGAAACUGACCCAUUAAUUUUAUCAAGAAGACAAAAACAAAUAGAUUUUGGUAAAAAUACUAUUGGAUACGUAAAGUAUCUAGAACAAGUUCCUAAACAUGAACGUAAAAAGAGGCAUCCUAAAACUCCUCCAAAAAAUUUGAAAUAUACUAGACGAGCCUGGGAUGGAUUAAUUAAAAACUGGAGAGUUAAGUUACAUUUAUUUGAUCCUGAUAGAAGACAUGAUGAUGAAGAUGAUGCCCUGACCACGGGUUCAAGUUCUAAUUUGUAUUCACUUGGAUCAAUGACUAGUUUGGACUCAAGUUCACAGGCGUCAGAUUCGAGGCCAUCAACGCCACCACCGAGUUUGUCUGAAGUUUCAUCACAAAUAAAACGAGAAAACCAUGAAGAUGUUCUUACUCUUAAUCAAAUGAAGUCUAAGAAAUAUAAAACUGAUAAUAAUUAAUAUAUCUACAUAAUUUUACAUUUUACACUUAUAACAUUUAUUGACCAUUCAUAAUAAUAUUUUUGAAAAUCAAGUCUUUUUAUGAAUCAUAUUUAAUUCUAAAAAGUUUAAUUCUCUAAAGCUAUUCCAAAUUAUUUUUAUUUUUCUAUACGGUAAAAACUAAAAACUAAAAAUGUGUUAAAAUAGUGUUUUUAUUAAUAGAUACCAGUAUUUUAUUUUAUUUUGAUAACUAUAUAUUUAAUUAAAAAUAUUAGUUAAUUCAUUUGGAUAUAUAUAUAUGACUAUCUAGGUACGUGUAUAUAAAUUUUUUUUCUAUUUUUGUAACAAUAUUCGUAUUGAGUCAGUUUUAAUAACCUUGUUUAAACAAUUGAAGAGUUUCAUAACAUUAUAUUUUGUACCAAUUUGUAACAAUUUUGAAUUUAUAAUGUAUAUUUAUUACUUUAAUUAUAUUACUAUAGAUGGAUAAAGAAUUAAAUCUUCAAUAAUAUAUUUAUAUUGCAUCUAUA